AUGAAGAAGUGGACUGGCAGUGCUAGCAUGAAGUUAGAGUACUCGAGGCCAUUGCCUACUUGGGAGGAUGUGCUUAGGUAUGAAAAGACGUCUGCAAGUGCAGUGUUCGAUAAUGACGAGGAUUUGAACGGGUAUCCUAGGUGGUGUCUGCAUAGUUCAGUGAAAAGGCUUUGUGAUGUACUAGGGAACAAGUAUUCGAAGGAGAACGAGAAGUGUUUGUGCUUUCCAUCGUAUGGCGUAGCGAAAAGAUGUAGAGAAUAUAUCAAGAAGAAAGAAGGCCUUAACACCAAAGUGCGUAUUUUGCAAUUGGCAACUUCGAAGCCUUUAAAUAGCGAAGAAAUGAAGAGCAAAUGCGAAUUUAAGAUAGCAGUUGUUUUUGUAACCAAGAAUCUUUUCCACCAUGUGCGACAAUACUGGAAACUUACUGGUGAAAUUGUAUCGCCCAGGCUCGCAGAUUAUAUCCUGAAUGAGCUUUUCAUAGCUGAGAGGUCAUCUUUUGCCACCAUAUCCAACGGUAAGAACAAAGAUCAACAAAUGCAAAAUAAGAAGUCGCAGAUUAAUUUCACUCUUGCAAACAGAGCUCUUGCAUGUGUGCGCAAGAGGUUAGUAACAAAUGUUAUAGAUGCGAAUGAUGAGCUGGGAGAAGACAACUACCAUUUCCAAAAUGAUGAUGAUGAUGACAUGGAGCCAACAUUUUUGGACACGGUACGAUCUAAUGACAAUGUAAAUGUGAAUAACCAUACCAGAAUAGAUGAUCAAUUACUGAGGAAUGGGUUUGAAUUUUCUGAUAGCGAAGAUGAAGACACAAUAAACCAUAAUAAUCCAUUUGGUGAUUCUACAGAUAGUGAAGAAGACGAUGCAUUCGUAUCCUUGGUCCCACCGGAGCCUAUCGCAAUCGAUAUAUCUGAUACACCAAUCGAUUCUCCUUUGCCUGACAGUUCCAACAAUGCUUCAGCUACAUUUAUAGACCCAUCAGCAGCGACUAUAGCCAAUGAUAAUAUUCCUAACGACAUUGAUCCUGAAGAUGAAGUCUUUAUAUUCCCUUCAGGUAUCGCUUCUAUAUUUACAGCUCAAAGAGUAUUACAAGAAUACGACUUACUCAGAGUGAACAGAAUAAGAUACCAGACUGAGAGCAGUAAUGGUACAGGCACUCAGAAGAGAAUAGUUUUACUAGGUGAUAUCUGUCCUGAUAUAGUAAAGAUGUUCCAAGAGUUUAACGAUGUAAUUAUAAUAAACAACCAAAAGGGUGCUUUUUCAACUUUAAAUGACUUGGAAGUUUUACUAAAUUCUGGUGAACAGAUUCUUGGUGUUUUCUUAGCCAUUCCAACAAACCCUUGUCUGGAGCUUACCAAUUUACAAAGGCUGAAGGAGUUGUCUGACCUUUUCGUGUUUCCUAUCAUAUUUGACAUUUCGAUGGGAUCUGGAGUUCUAAACUACAACAUCUUGAAAUAUGGUGAUAUAAUUUGCAUGUCAUUACUUACCAGGUUUACAAAUAUAGAAGUAAUGGCUGGCGCCAUGAUAGUCAGUAAGAAGCGGUCGCCAAAGUUCCAUGAAUUUUUCCUUUCACGCAUGAAUGAAGAGCUAUUGGAAUCACAACUACAGAAUACUUCACAGCAGACAUACUCACAGAACCAGUUCAUCUCACCAGGUGCAACUUUCUGGGUCGAGGACGCUGUCCUAUUAGAUAGAGGCUCCUGUAAGUGGCAUGACCGUAACAUCAAGAUAAACUAUACUGCGGAGUAUCUAGUAAAGAGAGUUCUGAGACAACACGAAGGCAAGGUUUUUAAGCGCGUGCUUUAUCUCAACGAUGAGGCUUGGCAAGAGAACAACUACUACAACAUGGUCAAAUAUUCUCGUGAGGACUGUGGAUACGGUGGUAUAAUUGCCAUUGAGUUUGAGAAAGAGAAUCAAUUGGCAAAAUUCUACGACAGCAUUGAGCACAUAUAUAAAGGAACUCCAGUACUAGGUGGUAAUGAUAUCACCACCGUAGCUGCUUUCCGUGAGCAUAACGGCAGACAUCUGCUGAGGGUCUGUGUUGGGUUAGAGAACAUCAAGAUCUUAACCAAAGUGUUCCAGUCUGCAUUAAGCAAAAUAUAG